UGAUAACUUAUUAGUAGAAGAAAAAUUUGUAAUAUAAAAAAUUUAUUUAAUGUUUUUUUUUUUUAGUAUAUAUUGAAAAGUUGUAUUGAAUUGUUUUUUAUAUGUUACAUACAUAUAAGUAAAAUAUACGAAAUAAAAUUAAAACGAGUUCAAUGAAGCAAAUCAAAGAGUAUUUUAUAACAUUAAUAAAAUACUCCCUACACCAAUAACAAUAAUAGUUGGAUAAUUUGAAUAUAAUAGCUAAUUAGAUUUAAGUAUCUACUAAUACCUAUAUAUAUACCUAUUAAUUUUAAUACAAGUAAUGUUUGCACAAAGAAUUACCCAAGUUUUAUCAUAUAAUUUAGAUAAAAAUUUAUUAUUCUCAUUAUUACGUAAGGAAAUUUUGCAAAAAAACCUUCAAAAAUUUGUGAUAAAAUCAUUAACCCUUAAUUCAAUGACAUUGGUAGCUUCUAAGGCGACUAUGUAUCAUCAUCCUUUUAUUGCAAAAACAAAAUCUAUUUUAGAAUUAAAAUUACCAAUAACAAAAACAAUAAUAAAAAUAUUUAGAAAAUCUACUGUCACUUCAAAUUGCUAUCGCGUAUUUUCAAUAUCAUGUGGUUAUCAAAACGCUUAUAUUAGUAAAAAUUAUAAUUGUAAUUUUUUAAGCAGUAAUUCUCCAAAACCCUUUCUUGGAUAUUCAUUAAAUAAAAGAUAUUAUUCCCGUUACGCAGCAAGUACAAUAAUGCCACAUAAUACGUUUAAUUUAAAUAAUUAUGAUAUAAUUGGUUUUGAUUUGGAUGGUACUUUAUUAAGAUACAAUUUGGAUGCAAUGGUUACAAUGGAAUACAAUAUAAUUGCUAAAUAUUUAGUUGAACAUAAAAAUUAUCCAAAAGAAUUAUUAAAACCGAUUGAUAAUGAUAUUGAUUUCUUACAGAAAGGUUUAAUAUUAGAUGCUGUACGCGGAAAUAUUUUAAAAUUAAGUUUUGAUGGUGUAAUAUUAAAAGCAACACAUGGAACUAAACUAUUAAGUGAAAAUGAUAUAAAACGAAUUUAUGGUGAAGAAAAAAAAUGGGAUUUAACGACUCAAUAUAUUAAUGAUCCAUUAUCUGCAUGGAAUGGUCCUAAUGCUGAUAAAUUACGAGCAUUACUUGAUUAUUUUGAUAUGCCAGCAUCAUUAGUUAUGGCAAGAGCUGUAGAUUUAAUAAAUGAAAAACAUAAUAGUUCACAUUUAUCCGAAUAUAAAAUAUGGCCAGACAUUUUAGAUGCUCUAGUUUUUAUGUAUAAAAGAGAAAAUUUUGCUUCUGGUUUUGGAGAAUAUUUUGAAGAAUUAAAAAAUAAUCCAAAUAAAUAUAUUCAUAAAUCGGACCCAUAUAUUAUUAAAUGGUUACAAGAAUUAAAAAAAACUAAAGCAAUAUUUUUAUUAACUGGAUCAAAUAUUGAUUUUGCAAAUUUAACAGCAAGUCAUGCUUUAGGUCAUAAUUGGCGUAAUUUAUUUGAUGUUAUUAUUGCAUUUGCAAAAAAACCUGGUUUCUUUACAAUGAAUCGACCAUUCUAUAGUUUUCAAGGUGGUGAAGAAGAUCAAAUUAUACCUGAUAAUUCAAUUAAAAUGGGUAAUGUUUAUGCUCAAGGUAAUUGGAAAAGUGUUGAAAAAUUAUUAGCUAAAAAAUUUGGUAAGACAAUAAAAAAACCACGUAGUUUAUAUAUUGGAGAUAAUUUAAUACAAGAUGUAUACACUCCAUCGAAAUAUUGUGAGUUAGAUACAGUUUCAUUAGUUGAAGAAUUAGAAGAGCAUGAAUGUCAAGAUGGUUAUGCAUUUAAGAAAGUAAUUCAAUCUAGUUUGUGGGGCUCAUAUUUUUCAAUUGACAAUAAACCUACAUAUUGGAGUGAAGUUAUUAAAAAGCAUUCGAAAAUGUGUUUACCAACUAUUGAACAUUUAUGUCAACAUCCACUCAAUUAUGAGUAUCAAUGUUCAAGUACAAUAACAGAAUAAGGUUUCUUUUGAAGACGUAUAUAAAUUAUUCAAAAGAAAACUAAGUGUUUUACAUUUUACUAUAAAUAAAACAAUUAAUUAUGUUUUAUUCAUAAUUUGUUAAUAGUUAAUAAAAGUAUUUUAAAUAUCAAUACCUUUUGAAAGUUGCCUUAAAUAAAGCAAUUUAAUGUGUUGAAAAUUCUAUGUUGAAUAAUAGGAAAUAAUAUUUUAUAAAUUAUUGAUUUUUAGUUUAACAUUAUUUACCUACAUGGUUGUAUUCAGUUUUAAUUCAUUGUUUUGUAACAUUUGGAUACAAAAGAUUUUUUAAAUUUUAUUGAGUCGAAAGUCAAAUGUUAUUUGGUUUAUUUUGGUGUUUUCUUUUUAACGAAUUUUUUGUAAGAAUUUAAAUUUUUAACAUUUGUAUAUAAAUAAAAUUGAACAAUAUUGGCUAUAAAUACAAUAUAUGUAAAUUAUUCAAAAUUUUGUGUAUUAUUUUUUUAAUAAAAGUUGUAACAUAAAUAUUGAGAUUUCCUCUUCUACUUCUGAAGUUUUUAAUAAAAGCAGCGAAUUUGCAAAUAUAAAUUUUUAUUUUUAAAAAAAUAAUUAGAUUAACAAAUACAAAAUUUUUUAACAUACUUAUGUACGUGUAAUAUUUAAUAUAUAAAAAACAACAAUAUAAAUUUUUAAGCAUUUAAUUAUGGUACACAUUUGUUCAAUAGUUUUUAACUAUUUGUGAAAAUAAAUAUUAUGUAGGUAUAAUGAAAAACGAAUGCAUACGAUGAAAUUUUAUAAAGAAUAUAAAAUUAUCACCCUAAAGCAGGUGACAAAUUAUUUUUUACAAUUAUUUAAUACUAUUUGAAAUUGAUAAUUACAUAUUUGAAAUUUAUAAAUUGAAAUUUUUUCAUAAUAUAAAAAAACUUACAAAAAAUCAACAAAUAAAAAAGGAAAA